UUUUGCGUGUAAACACGAGCUGCAGUAAUGUGAAGCUUUGCGUAUGUGCGGGAAGCUGCGCGGGGGUGGCAUUGCAUGCUUGCGUGAGAUCUCCCAAUGACAACGGUCUGAAUUAUUCUGUUCUGUCGUUUAUUCGUAAUAUAUGUUUUAAAAACUUUAUAUUGUCGGUGCGGUUAUUCGUAUGGUCGUGUCUUUGGUUCGUUGUUGAAAUAGUUGGAUUUUUACUUUUAAGUGCGGUAUGAUUGACAGCCACAACGCCCGCAUGAAUCUGUCUCUGAAACGGGCCAAUGAGAAUGCGUGGGCGGGAUGUAAACCUCUCCGCUUGGCUUUAUAAUGGAGCUGAACAACGGAAACGUAAACAAACCACAUAAACUACAUAGGUAAUGGCAAGGCCAAGCCACAGCGAGCAUGUCCUGCAGCAACUCAACAACCAAAGAGAGUGGGGUUUCCUCUGUGACUGCUGUAUUUCCAUUGGGGACAUUUACUUCAGGGCCCAUAAAGCUGUGCUGGCAGCCUGCAGCUCAUACUUUAGAAUGAUGUUCAUCCGGGAUCAGCAGGCAACUGCACGAUUCGAUCUGAGCAACAUGCAAAUCAGCGCGGAGUGCUUUGACCUCAUCUUGCAGCUCAUGUACCUCGGCCGCAUCGCUGUGGAUCACUAUGAAUUUGAGGAGCUGAAAUCCUCCAUGGCCUACCUACAAAUGUACUACAUCCCUGACUCGCUUGAGGAUCUCAGAGACAUCCGGACUUCCAAUCUGACGCCCUCGUCUUCUGCAUCCUCGUCUUCAUCAUCCAGCUCCUCAUCUUCAUCCAGUGUAGUGGGUGGCAAGAUGAUGUUUGGUGUUCGUAUGUUUGAGCAGCAAAGGCCCAGCCCUGCCGAGAAUGAGCACGCACCCAAGGCUUCAACCACAACUGCUCGUCAAAGCAUUAACAUCUCGACUGUCAGGCCUGCUGAAGAUGUGGUCAUACCACACCCUUUGCCACACUCAGAGACAGUUCUAGACCAACCGUGUGACUUACGGAAGAGGACAUCGGGCCGAAGCUCCGCCAUGAAAGAACGUCCUCGAUUUGGUCGCACGUACACGUGCGAUGAUUGUGGCUUCGUGUUCAGCUGUGAAAAGCUGCUUAUUGAGCACAUCCUUACGUGCACCAAUCGCAAAGCUUUCCAGACACCCAAAGCCAACAAAGAGCUGUACAGCGACACUGGCAAGGCGGAGAGCUCGACCUCAGAGGGGACGGAUGAACACAGAGUUUGCAAGGGUGAAGAAGAUUGGCCAGACAAAGACAGUGUGAUCAGGUCUGUUGCCACUGGAAUGGAUGGUGAAACAGACUUUUCCAGGAAUAUAACCAUUAAAGUGGAACGGGAUUAUGAUUCUGAGACGGAUUUAGAAAGUGUAAAUCUGGUGAAGGUAGAAAACCAUAAUGUUGGAAGCUGCAAAGCUCGCAGGCCAUACAAAGAUGUUGUAGACCACAUGAAACUCGACAGCGAGGAGGAGGCUGGAAUAUCUGCAAUGGAUGGCGUCGCCAGUGCUUCGGAGGGUCAAAGUAAAGUUUUAGACACGGAGGUGCACACGAUCAAAGAAGAAAAGCUAGAUGGAGUGUGCAUUCCGUGCGAAUUGUGUGGAGCCUUGCUGACCGAGGAGGAUCAGUCUGCCCAUUACAUCUCCAGCCACAUGGGACAUAUCUGCGCUUGUGGAAGGUGUGGCCAAGUGCUCAUCAAAGGCAGACAGCUCCAGGAACACGCCGAACGCUGUGGCGAGCCCCAAGGUCCCGAGAUUGACUCCCCAGGUGAGGAUUCACCUCUGCUUGAAGAUGGGGAAGCUAUGGAAGAGGGCUUGUUGGAAGGAUCCGACCUGGGCUUUCGCUGUCCUCUCUGCGGUUUGAUAUUUGAAAGCGAAAGUCUCGCGGUGGAGCACACAUUGGCUUGUCCUGAACAGGAGACGUUCCGUCCUGUCCUGCUGGAUGAUGGCGGCGAGCCAGACCAUCGGCGCAAGCAUUUCUGCGCCAUCUGUGGCAAAGGCUUUUAUCAGAGGUGUCACCUACGGGAGCACUACACCGUUCACACCAAGGAGAAGCAGUUUACGUGUCAAACCUGCGGCAAACAGUUCCUGCGUGAACGACAGCUUCGGCUGCACACUGACAUGCACAAGGGAAUGGCGCGGUACGUCUGCCCAGUGUGCGACCAGGGCACCUUCCUUAAACACGAUCACGUGCGACACAUGAUCUCCCACCUGUCGGCCGGAGAGACUAUCUGCCAGGUGUGCUUUAAAAUUUUCCCCAGCGGCGAGCACCUGGAGAAGCACAUGGAUGUGCAUCUGUACAUCUGCGGUGUGUGCGGGGAGAAAUUCCGCCUCCGCAAAGACAUGCGGAGCCACUACAACUCUAAGCACAACAAGAGACAAUGAGACACCGAGUCGAGUCUUCGAAAUAAGCCAUACUGUAAAUGUGAGGAGAAUUCUAUGCACUUAGACACCAAUUUCAACCUUUCGAUCUCCACUUUCUGUGUGUAUGCAAAUUCAGAAUACGUUGCUCCAUGUUUGUGGUUGGAUUUAGUGCCUCAAGCUUUUGCUUUUCGGUUUCAUACGGGGUCUUUUACAUAGCAAUAGUUAUUCAGAUACCCAGGUGGACUAAAUUACACUAUCAGUGAUGUUUUGGUUGAAAAUACCAAUCAAUGCUUGAGCUGCCAUUAUGUCCAUCCUAUUGAUCAUUUCUGUUCAUUUGGCUAUUAUGAUGGUGCACAUUGAAAGUUUAGUCUGAAGAUUUCAUCUUAGUAUUUAAGAAGAAUAUUUUGUUUUAUUAGUGGUGCUCUUAUGUCUAGUGAACACAGAGAUACAAACACAAGUGUCUGCUUUUGUUCUGCUUUAUUUAGCCAUUAUUUCAAGUCGCUCUGGUAUCAUUUCUUAAAUGGACAUAAUUCUCUAUGCUCAAUUGCGCACAGAGAUAAGGGAGAAUAGAUCACAAAGUAUGCUGGCACUAUUCUCCCCUGCACCAGAACACUAAAAAUACUGUAUUUGAUAUAAAAGCAGAGAAAAACACUCCUAUGGAUUCCUUUCAGCUAGCUUUGUGUGCUCACCUGGAAUCUAUGCAACCUGUUGUAAAUUUCCCCUCAAUUUAGUGUGAAUUCACAAAGAGUAAAGAGAGUCACACAGUGAAGUACAUUUCCUGUGUAUAGCUACUUCAGUUUCCCAAAGAUAUUAAUCUACAAUUCAUCCGAGUAAAUUUCUGAAAUGUCUCUGUUUGUAUGCAAGUUAUCUGUUUCCAUAGAAUUGUGUGUUAUUCAAAACUUAUUUUUAGCCGACACUGUUUUAUUCAGAGCUAUAUCAGAGCUAAUCAAGCUAUAUCAAAAUGCUUUCGGUUGAAGGUCCAUUCAAGUCUUAACAUUUCAAUUACCAUGUCACACCUUGUCCAAUUUUUGUGGCAAAGUCUUAAUGUAAAAUCAGAGUUUGUGGAAAAGCCAUAAAAUGCUUGCACAAGGAUAUAAAGUUAAUUAUUACAUUAUUGUAUUAAUACACUUAAACAAUCAUUAUUUGUGAAAUGGCUAUGAUAGAAGUGUAACCUAGUAACACACUGUGGUUGCUUCACUCUUACGUUUGAAGUCAUCCCAUCCAGGUAAACUGACUAAUUCAGGCUUAACAGUUAAUAUUUGGAUGGUGUGAAAGUAUAUUGAGAUAUAAAGGUUAGCGUGGAGUUGACAUGCAUUCCAUAUUAAUAGUUAUAUUGUGAGGUGUUUUAAAACAUAAAGUUAAAAUUAAGGACCAAAGCAACCAUGAGAAAUGUUAUUUUACAUACUUAACAGCUCAGAUGUUUGCACUGGGCGUUUAGCAGUGUAUUUGUUGUGUUUUAUGUUCAUAACAUAUUUGAGAUAUGUUAAAUAAAUAUAUUUGAGUGGUAGAAAUAAUGCAAGGAAUAUAUGCAAAUAUUGUUUUAUCUUUUGUUUCAUGAGCUUAUUUUAAAAAAUUUAUUCAGUGUUUCGUAUGUUCUUGGCUUUAUAAACUAAA